AUGGGUAUAGAAUUAACAGAAGAAGAGCUUGAGGAACUGAAGAAGCAUCUACCAAUUGAUGUUGAUGAGAAGGUCAAGCUGGUAGACUCUAUACAGGACGUUAAAGCUUCUGGGAAGGUGGAUAUAGACAAACUGUUGGAUGAAGUAAAAGCUAUUCAAGGAAAAAAGGUUGCCAUCACUGACAUAGACAACUUUCUGGAAAAUGUGGGGAUUGAAUUAUCAGAUCAGGAAUUUCAGGAGCUGAUGAAAAACCUGCCAGCUGAUGGAGGCAAGAUUAAUAUUCAAAACCUGGAUGAUUUUCUGGGUAAUAUGGGGAUCAAGAUCAUAGAUGAAGACUUGAAAGAGCUAAAGAAAAAUUUGCCAGUUGAUGAUCAUGGGAAGACUGAUCUGAGUACACUGAUAAAUGAAGUGAAAGCUUUACAAGGAGGGGAUGUUGAUAUUAACAACCUGGAUAACAUUCUGGAAAACCUGGGAAUCAAGCUCACAGACAAAGAAAGUGAGGAGCUAUUGAGUCAUCUGCCAGUUGAUGCUGAUGGAAAGGUUUCCCUAAAUGAAGUUCUGGAUAAGGUGAAAUCUAUUAAAGAAAAUAUUGAUGCUCAAAACCUAAAAGACUUUCUGAAGGACAUGGGGAUCAUACUCACAGAAGAUGAAUAUGAAGAUCUCCUGAAAGACAUGCCAAUUGAUAGAGGGAAAAUUCACAUUGACAAUCUUCAUAAAGUUCUGGGAAAGAUGGUGAUCCAGCUCACAGAUAAAGAAAUGGAAGAACUAUUAAAUAAUCUGCCAGUCGAUGCUAAUGGGAAUGUUGCCCUCAAUGAAGUUAUGGAUAAGGUGAAAUCUAUUAAAGAAAAUAUUGAUGUUCAAAACCUAAAAGACUUUAUGAAGGACAUGGGGAUCAUACUCACAGAAGAUGAAUAUCAAGAUCUCCGGAAAGACCUGUCAAUUGAUGGAGGGAAAAUUAACAUUGAUAAUCUGGACAAGAUGGGGAUCCAGCUCACAGAUAAAGAAAUGGAAGAAUUAUUAAAUAAUCUGCCAGUUGAUGCUGAUGGGAAUGUUGCCCUUAAUGAAGUUAUGGAUAAGGUGAAAUCUAUUAAAGAAAAUAUUGAUGCUCAAAACCUAAAAGACUUUCUGAAGGACAUGGGGAUCAUACUCACAGAAGAUGAAUAUCAAGAUCUCCUGAAAGACCUGCCAAUAGAUGGAUCUAUCUACAUAGAAACUAAAACAUUUAGCUCUGUAAUAAAGGAGAUACCAUGGGGAGACCAAAGUAAAGUGGGUUUCUUGGUGGAUAGAAAAGUUUUCCAGAUGGUCCUCUUUGGGGAUGAAAUUUUGCUAGUUGCAACAAAAACUGGAAUACUGCAGAGUCUCCUGGGAGAGCUCAGUAACUACUAA